AAUGGGAGGGAGGAUGAAGAUUGUUCGACGGCAGUGAUAGUCAGGCAACCAGACACGGAUAGAGACUGAAACCAGAGAGAUGGUUGUGAGUGUUGUGGCAGCCACAUAAGAAAGUUUCUUCCUGGUCGGUUGAGGUAAUACAAACAGUCAAAGGUGUUCAAAUCAGUUGCAGAGGAAGGGGAGAGGGAGCAGGUUGUAAAACAGUGCAAGUCCAACAGAUGAGAAGUGGAGAAGUGUCAUAUUAUUUUCUGUAAGAAGGGGGUUGAUUGUCUAUCUCGCAGGAGCCUUUUAGUUCGGGAUGGGGCGUGGGAGUCAACAUUUGAGAGAAAAGCUUUCUGAAGACCAGGGAAGCUGUUCAGGUCGAGAGGUUCAGCAUGAUGCAGAUAUACACGAACUGCAUGACUUUCGCGUCUCGAGCACGGUGGAAAAUUUUCUGACGGGCAAAAUCAAGGAUGGCCAGUGGAUUUUCGAAGUUCCGCAAUGUUCUCGCGCUAAGGAGACGUUAUCGGUCAUCCUAGUUUCUGCUGUACUGGUUCCCUCGUUCACCGUCUUUCCUGCGCUCCUACUGAUUGCGUCCUUGUACCUCUAUCGCUCGUACGGCAUUGCAGGGGGCAUUCUUUUCAUCACCCCGUUGGUGAUCUUGUGUACCCUGCCGAAAAUGUACUCCCCAUGGUUCAAGAAGAAUUGUUUCCGGCAAGCGCUGAUGCACCUUGUGCGAUAUGUGAAGCCUUUCAAGCUGCUGAAGAAGUCGACGAUGGCAAGUGACAAAAACUACAUCUUCUGUUGGCAUCCACAUGGCAGGCUGUUCUACGGGUUCGCCUUGUUUUGCGGUGAUGGAAGCGACCUCCAUUGAAGGUUG